AAUAGACUAUGAGCCCCUGGUUGUGUGCUCUUCGUGCUUAGAUCUCGCACAAAAAAAUGUUUUAAGUCAAAAUAUUCUGCAGCUGGGAGGCCAUGAAGUGAGUGAGUGGAAAGAAGAAUGUACUCAUCUUGCAAUGCUCUCAGUCAAAGUUACUGUGAAGACAAUAUGUGCAUUGAUUUGUGGUCGACCAAUUACAAAGCCAGAAUAUUUUGCUGAAUUAAUCAAAGCUAUUCAGACCAAACAACAGUUACCUAAGCUUGAAAGUUUUCAUCCUCCAGUUGAUGAACCAACUAUUAGGAAUGAAAAAGUAGAUUUGGCUGUGUGUCCUGCAAGAAGAGCAAUCUUCAGAGGGAAAAAAAUUGUCUUUCUGUCUGCUAAGCAGCAUGCAAAACUGCGUCCAGCCGUCACACUUGGAGGAGGAGAGGCAAAACUGAUGACAGAGGGAACAGAAGAUGCUGCUUCCUUAGCAGCUCCUCAUAUUUGUGUUAUUGAUGUUGGACUCACAGGCUCUCAAGCAUCAGUUUCUGACUUGGGGAGGAAAUGGAUUGAUACUAUCACAACAGUCUUGGAAAGGAAAAAAUACAGGACAAUUUCAGAGGCAGAAAUUGGUUUAGCAGUUAUCUUUGUAUCCACAGAAAGGUACUGUAAUCCCCAAGCUUCUCUUGAUACAGGAAUAAAACCUGCUAAUUCAUCAUCAACUGUUAUGCAGCCAACACUUUCUCAGACUGCAUUGGUAGAGGAGACUGUAAUGCCUGCUGUCACAGGUGAUGCCACAGGCAUGGAAAUAUUUGGAAGUCAUGAAGAAAUGCCUCGUCGAGAUCAGAAAGGCAAAAUACAUCCCCUGGACAGAACUACUGUAAAGGAGACUCCAGCAGGAACUGGUACUGUGAACAUGGAAACGGCGGCAGCCAAGCUGAACAGGCAGCCUUGGACUGAGCAGAGCAGUUUAUCGUUCUCACCCUCGAAAACUCCAGAGUAUGGGAGAAACAGAGAAAUCAAUUCACAGCAGCAAUCCAAUUCAAUUAAAAAUUACUUCCAAGCAAUUGCUAAGAAAAGGGAAAGGAACGAGGAAGGAGAAGCAUCGAUAUCUAAGUAUGCAAAGGUAGAUGAGAAACCAUCCCAGGCUUCCGUUCAUACACAGCCUGUAACAUCUUUGCUGUUGGAAAGCAAAACAGAAGGAUCUCAAAAGGGGCAGUGUACUUUGGAUCAGAAAACGAACCCGUCUUCUGUAGACAUGACUACAAAGUCUGUGAUGGAGAGCAGCAAAUCAGAAGAAAAAGAUCCUAAUAAAAAUAUCCCUGCUGGAAAAUCUGCAACAAAGAAGAGAAAAGAAUUGGACGACUUAGUAGAAGAUGCUGCUUCAUUAGAGCUUGUUUUUGAGUCCAAAGAGUUAGACUGGGAAGAAGACCUAGGCGAUGGGGAUGGAAAAAGUAGUGGUGGUAUGAAGAAAAAGAGGAAACUGGAAACGAAAGGGAAUGUUUUUCAAGAAGGAAGUUCUGAAAACAGAGACACUGGGAAGCUAUUGGAAGAAAAUGAACAGGCUCUUCCAGCUUCAGUCCAGAAACAAGAGGUUAAAAAAGAAUCAACACAUACUACAAAAAACGAAUUGCAUAAUCCUGAUGCAUUUGUAGGUAAUUGGAGCAAUCUUCCCAGCAGACUUUUACUGAGUGAAUUUAGAUCGUUGGUGGUUAGUCAGCCAAGGAGAGGUGUUGAUUCUACUCCAAAAACAGAUUGUGGACAUCUGUGCAACUUCAAAAAAUUUAAAAAGGUUCCUUAUCCUGGAGCAGGACUGUUUCCACACAUUAUUGGGGGAUCAGAUCUGGUAGCUCAUUAUGCUAAAAAGAAUUCUGAGAUGGAAGAAUGGCUGAGGCAGGCAAUGGAGGUACAGAGUCAGCAUGCAAGAGAGGAGUCACUUGCUGAUGAUCUCUUCAGGUAUAAUCCGCAUAUAAAAAGAAGAUAACUGUCUCUUGAUUCGGAUCUACUGCAGAGAAUAAACUUUGUUUUGCUUCCUUGCUGGCUGUAUAUUGUAGCACCAAAAGGUUCAUUUCAUACCUCUGAGAACCUGUAAAGAAGAACAAGGCAUUUCUUGGUUGCAAACUCUUAACAGUACUUGAUUCAAACAAGUUACAGUUUAAAGUGUUUACAACACAUGUUACAAUUUAGGAGCAUUAUUUUGGAUGUGAACAUUUCUUUGUAAAAGGAAACUAGCAGAAAGUGUUUCUUUUUAAAAAGAGCACUUGUUUUAGCUUUUAGCUUUUUUGGUAUGACU